CUUUCCUGCAAAAAGCAGUAUGAAACAGCUUGCAGAACACUGCUUGAUCAGAUCCAGGCGGUCAUGGUCGAUGGCUGUGUCGACGGAGACACUCACAAAACCAUCAACAAGAGCGCUCGGCAAGAUUGACGUAACGAAGAGGUCGCCUAAAACUUUUCGAUUGAUUGGAGUCUACACGCAUUGCUUGACUGAUUGGCAAAGAGGCACAAAGUGUUGGCAGAAGAUUAUAGGAAGAAGAAGAAGUAUCGUCCACGAAAGAAAGAAGAAGGAACAGGCAACAAGAUGGAAUCCACAGGUGACAGCAAAGUAGACCAGAUCACACAGCUCAAGACCUACUUGUCGGCGAUCGUUGCAAAACAAGAGGAAUUGAAGAAAGCCUUGUCGAUCAAGCACGAGAAAGCCGUUGCGGCUCGACGUGUCAGUACGCAAAUUGAGGGCGGAUCUUUGAGAAAUUUGUUGGUCGAACGCGACGACGAGAAUCACACGGUAGAUGUGGUAGAGACGCCAGGAAUGCAAAAGCGAUUGCAGGAUUACUGCCACAACGUGGAAGAACUCGAAAAGGAAUUGGCAGAGACGACAAAGUUGGUCAAUGAAGUGACAGUGGCGCUCGCUGUCAUAACAGGACAGGUUUCUUCAUGAGCACGCCAGACUACUAAACGCGACAUCCAUACUCCUCGACUUGGAAGAGAGUGAGAUUUUGGACCUCGUGACAGGAGGCGAUUUGACUAGCAGCAAGAGCCUUGCGCCCCCGCCCGGAUGGAUACUGGUGACAGCCAUUGGAAUGGAUCCACCGCUGGAAAAAGAUUUCGGUUGUUUGAAUGAUUGAUUGAUUGAAUGAAUGAACGAUAGGAGUUUUUAUUUAUAGCACAAAAUUGCAUGAACG